GGCUCUCUUCUCUUGCAGAUCCUGAAUUCCCCGGUGGCCGAAAACCCUAUCAUUCCUCCGAGAUGCUCUGCUUGAAUUCCAAGGAGGUCCGUCAGCUGCUACACAACAAGUUUGUGGUCAUCUUAGGGGACUCGAUCCAGCGGUCGGUCUACAAGGACCUCAUUCAGUUGCUCCAGAGUGACUCCUUACUCACUUCGUCCCAAAUGAAGUCGAAGGGGGAAUUCAGUUUUGAAAACGACCACUUGAUUGAAGGUGGCGUGCUGGACGGCCUACACAACGGAAUCCGUUAUCGGGAAGUGCGCCAAUAUCGCACCCGUUACCACCUUGUCCGCUUCUACUUCCUGACUCGGAUCUACUCGGAAUAUUUCGAAAGCAUCCUGGGUGAUUUCCGGGCCGGCCCGCAGCCAGAUGUUUUGAUCCUCAAUUCUUGCGUUUGGGAUGUUUCCAGAUAUGGCUCGUCUUCCAUGAUGGAAUACCGCAAGAACUUGGAGGUAGCCUUCAACAAGUUGGAUGCCGAACUCUCACCUUCCUGCUUGGUCAUCUGGAACAUGACUAUGCCUUUAGGCCCCAGGAUCAAAGGUGGCUUCCUCAUACCAGAGCUGCAGCACCUGAGCCAGACUCUCCGCCGGGACAUCAUCGAGGGCAACUUCUACGGGGCCACGCUGGCUGCCCUCCAUCUCUUUGACGUGGUGGACCUCCACUUCCACUUCCGCUUCGACGUGGGGAACCGCGGCAAGGACGGCAUCCACUGGAACAACGUGGUGCAUCGCCGGAUCACCAAACUUCUCCUGACCCAUCUGGCCAACGCCUGGGGGGUGGUGAUCCCAGAGAAGAAUCCUAGCGGGGAACAAAGAAAGGCCAUCGGGCUCCUAGCUGCCCCCAAGAACAUUAUAGGACAUGCCAAAAGUUGCAGAAGGGACUAUGAAGACACCGAUGGCUUCCUGGAACGUCCCACACCAACAACCGGAUGGCUCUCCAAAGAACGCAAGUAUCUGGGGCUGGAGAGUCCCGGGAGGAGGCCGUGCGGUGGGGUUGUAGCAGGCUGGAGGUCACCAUCCAGCUACUGGGGCACUUCUGGCUUGGCUUCUAAGCAUGGGGAGGCCGGCGCCCAGCAGACAUGUGGGCAGGACGUGGUCAAAAAAGUCAAGAUGGCAGCCACAGUGGAGCAAUUGGAGCUCCUUCCAUUUCUGAUGGACGUCACGCUCAACGUGAGAGAUGGGCUCUUGCUGGCAUCGCUGUGGCCGCCAUCUUGA